CUCUAUGUCUCUCUCCCUCUGCCUCUCUCUGUCUCUCUAUGUCUCUCUCCCUCUCUGCUCCCCUGUUCCCCCGAUGUGGCUUCAUGUCUCUGUCACUAUACCUUCCUCUGUCGAAGCAAGGUGUUUUUCUUAACUGAUCGCAACACGUUUCUUUCAGUUCCUGAGGGUGUUCUUUGGGGGAAUGGCCUCGACGGGUAAGCUGUCCGAGGAGCAGGUCCACUGCUCCAUCUGCCUCGACGUCUUCACCAACCCCGUCUCCAUCCCCUGCGGACACAACUUCUGCCAGAGCUGCAUUCUGGGAUACUGGAGGACAAGCCCCCUGUACCAGUGCCCCAUGUGCAAGAAGAGCUUCUACAAGAGACCCGACAUCAGCAUCAACACGGUCCUGAGAGACAUCGCCGAGCAGUUCAAGGAGAUCCGCGUGAGGAACACGGAGCAGCAGCAGCAGGAGGAGAAGGAGGAGAAGGCGAUGGAGGAGAAGAAGAGGAAGGAGGAGGAGGAGGAGACGUUGUUGAAACAGCAGCAGGAGAAGCUCCUUCAGGAGCUCAAACAGAGGCAGGAGGCGGAUCAGAAGAAGAAGGCGCUCCAGCAGGGGUCCCUGGUGACGCCAGGGGAGGUACGCAAAGGACUGCAGGAGGAUCUGCCACCCCUGGUUCCUCCACCACCACCCCCAUCGGUACCGCCAUCUCCAACCCUGGACCCGACCCCGGACCCCAGCCUGGAACCAGCGCUGGACCCCUGCCUGACCCUGUCCCCAGCCCCAGCCCUGGACACAGCCUCCACCUCCACCUCAGCCCCUGCCCGGCCCCCACCCCCAGUCCCGGCCGCGUCGCCCAGUCCCUGGGGCGAGGUGUUCUGCGACGUGUGCCUGGGGGAGCGGCUGACGGCGGUCAAGUCCUGCCUGGUGUGUCUGACGUCGUACUGCGAGGAGCACCUUCGCUCCCACAGCGCCCGCUUCACCAAACACAAGCUGAUGGAGCCCGUGGCCAACCUGGAGGACCGGAUGUGUCCGAAGCACGAGAGGCUGCUGGAGCUGUUCUGUAAGAAGGAUCAGGUGUGCGUGUGCGUGCUCUGCACCGAGACCGACCACAGGGCUCACUUCACCGUCCCCGUCGAGAGGGAAUGGACAGAGAAGAAGGCCCACCUGAGGAGGACGGAGAUGGAGGUGCAGCAGAUGAUCCAGGACAGGCUCAGGAAGGUGGAGGAGAUCAAACACUCGGUGGAGCUCAACAAAUCCAGUGCCCAAAGGGAGAUUGAGGACAGCAUGGCGGUGUUCUCUGAGCUGAUCCGCUCCCUCCAGAGGAGCCAGGCUGAGCUGGUUCUGGCCCUGGAGGAGAGGCAGAGGCAGACAGAGAGCUGGGCCCAGGGCCUGAUCACCGAGCUGGAGCAGGAGAUCGCCGAGCUCAACAGGAGGAACACCGACCUGGAGCGCCUGGGACGCACUGACGACCACAUCCACUUCCUGCAGAGUUUUCCGUCCCUGCUCACUCCUCCCCACACUAAGGACUGGUCUGAGACCAGCGUCAACACCGAGGUCUGCGUUGGCAUCAUCAGAAGGGGCGUGGCCAAGCUCGAAGAAACUCUGAGUGAAGAGUUAGAGAAACUGGUUGAUACUGAGCUUAAAAGGACUCUCAAAUAUGCAGUGGACCUGACCCUUGACCCCGACACCGCCAACCCUUGGUUGCAGCUGUCGGAGGACCGACGGCAGGUCCGGCACCUCGGGUCGUGGCAGGCCCUCCCCGACAACCCGGAGCGCUUCGACACCGUGGUCAUUGUCUUCGGCCACGAGGGAUUCUCCUCCGGCCGCCAUUACUGGGAAGUUGCCGUGGGCGACAAGGACGACUGGUACCUGGGCGUGGCCAGAGCUUCCGUCAACAGGAAGGGGCGGAUCGCCGUGAGCACCGCCCACGGUUAUUGGGCCCUGGCGAUGAAGAAGGGGCAGGGGUAUCGGGUGUCGACAGCCCCGCCUCUGCUACUGACCCUUGACCCCAAACCCAAACGCGUGGGCGUGUAUGUGGACUACGAGGAAGGGCAGGUGUCAUUUUACGACGUGAGGGCCCGGAGUCACAUUUACACAUUCAUGGAUAGUUUCAGAGAGAAGAUCUUCCCAUUCUUUUACUUGUACUGCUCUGACAAGGCCUCGGAUACCAUGGUGAUUUGUCCUGUCACUGAGAAGACCAAGCUAUGCUGAAGAGAAGAACUACAAAAGAAAUGCUACUGGACUACAAGUCCCAGAAGGGCCGGAAUUAAUUUUGUGUGCUAAUAACUUGUUAAUGUAUAGGUUUGAAUUUUUCUAUUUCUGUUGAUUGUGUGUGGUAGUAUUUUCUUACAUGCAAUAGCAGUUCUAAUGGAUUUAUAUAAAAGUAUAAAUAGUUAAAUGACAACUAGCCUAAAAUUACUUUGAUCAUAUUUUGACCCAUGAAAAUGGCCCAACAUGCUUGAAUGUGUCUACUGGACUUUGAACAAUACAGUAUUUUAAUGUAUUUACUUGUUAUUGCAUGUCAAACAUGUUCCAAAGAGACUUUACUAUACUCUAUGUUGCACAAAACUAUGACAUAGGUUUACAAUAAUAAAGAUUUUGCAACAAUAAAUGUA